GCAUUCGAUUUGCAGCAAAAAGUGCUGUAGUCUGGAUGCUAAGGAUUGCUGCAGCAGUCCUCUUAACUUUAAAAAUAUUAGAAGGUCUCUCUUUAUUUUUUUUUCUUUCGUAGCAGCUCAGCUUUGCUUUGCUACGGAAAGCUCAGAGCAGCUGCAAGUUUGCAUGAUUUUUUUGCAAGAGCCUUUUGGGUGGAGCUCGAAUGAGUGACCUAUCUUAUCUAUCUAAAAAUGGACUCGAAAAUGGAGAAAAAGGAAGAUGAACGUGAAGGUGAGCAAUCACUUGAAAUGCAGAAAGAGGCUCCUUCUUCCCUCCCUCUUCCAUCACCUAACCACGAGACACUAACAGAAGACCUCUCAAUAGUAAAAGAUAUUGAUAUUCACAUAAUGAUUAUACCGCCAUUAUCUUGGAGAAGAGAUUUAAGGUGCGCCUACAGUGUUGCCUGCUUCCAGUCAGUCUCUGCUGGCUUUGUGAGGGUACCAGUAAAGACAAGUUUAAUUGAGUUUCGUUUUUACAUUUCAAAGCAGCUCAAUGUUCACCUGUUGCCUGAACAAUAUGCACUGCUUAGGAAAGUUGGGAGAUACUUAACAUUAGUGAAUGAAAAGCAAGAGGAGGACUUCGCCAUUAACAUAUAUGCUCCACCACUGGCAAUACAUCCUGAGCUGUAUAUAGUUGAUCAGGAAUACCUUAAUGAUGAAACUUUAACUGAUACAAUCAUAAAACAGCUCUGCUCAGACUUAAUACCAGAUGAAGGCAUUGAUAGGCUGUUAAUAGAUGAAGAGGAUGGAGCAGAGUUUAAUGAGGAAAGCACAAGAAAUGGUUUGAUACCCUUCGUGAAAAAGAAGCAGGAACCGUCUUUAGCAUCAAAAGAUGAGUCUGUGUCACUUGAUAAGAAAUCAUCAGAGAAGACAAAAGAAAAGCAACUUUCAUCUUCUUCUUCUCCUCUUAAAAAAACUGAAGGACAUUCUUCUGAUAUGACAUCUGAAAAUAAAAUUCAAGGAACUGAUAAGAAAUCACCAGCAUCAUCUCAUGAUCAAGAGCAACUAUCACAUGCUCCUUUGGUAAAGAAAGAUGAUGAUGAUAAGCAAGCCACAAGAGGUCAGUCUAUAAUAACUAAGCAAAAGAAUGAGAAAGCAUUAGCAAAAAAAGAUUCAAAAGCUACAGCAGCAGUUUCUGAUUCUACUGUGCAACUGUCAAGUGAUCAGGCACAGAGAGAUAAAACUUUAAAGCAUACAGCUACAGGAAAUAAAGAUAAUUCAAAGUCACAGUCUGUUAGUAGUGGUCAGCCAUUAUUAGAACAUGCUUUGAAUGAUCAAACUCCAAGCACCCAAUCUUCAAAACCUCAGCCUUCAAAGGAGAAACCUCUAGUUAUUCAACCGUCCAUUUCUGAGCCUACUAAAUCCCAAUCGUCUAAUAAUCAAAGUAUGAAUAUUAAGAAACCACUAGAAGUGAAGGCUUCAACCGUAAAUCCUCAAUCUUCAGCAGACAUUGCUGAUGUUCAAUCCUCUACUAAAAAUAAACCAGCCCCAUCUAUUAAUACACAGACGAAUGUACAAACAAGUAAAGCAACUAUACAAACAGGAAUUGUUCCUCCAGCAGCUGUCCCUCCCUCGCUUAGUUCACCUCAUCAACCCACGGAUCCUUCUAGAGCGCAACCUUCUUCAAACGUGCAACUGCCCACACUUAAUCAAGCCACACCUCCUGUAGCUCGACUCAAUCAAUCUCAAUCUCAGCCACCACCUACAUCAAGUACUCAAUCUCAUCCACAAUCAACUCAAAAUAAUGUUUUUAAUUCUUCUGCUAUACAAAAGCCUCAACCUUUACAAACUCCACAAGCCUCACCACAUACAAGCAGCAUUCCUUCAUUCAGUUCAGCUUUUAAUCAACAGCAGAAUAAUCAACCAGUUAAUAAUAAUUCACUCCAACCUUCACUAAAUAAUAAUGCCCAGUCUUCCUUUCCUCCUUCUCUCCAGCAGCAGCAACAGCAGCAGCCAUCUUCAUUCAAUUCUCCACCUUCUUUUCAACAGCAAAAGCCAUCAAUUCUUCAACAGCAGCAGCAGCCAUCUUCUCUCCAGCAGCAACAGCAGCCACCUUCUUUUCAACAGCAACAACAACCACCUUUUCAACAACAGCAGCCAAUUCUUCAACAGCAGCAGCCAUCUUCUCUCCAGCAGCAACAACAACAACCACCUUCUUUCCAACAGCAGCAGCAGCCAAUUCUUCAACAACAACAGCAGCCGUCUUCUCUCCAGCAGCAGCCGUCUUCUUUUCAACAGCAGUCAUCUUCUUUCCAACAGCAGCAGUCAUCUUCUCUCCAGCAGCAGCCAUCUUCUUUUCAACAGCAGUCAUCUUCUUUCCAACAGCAGCAGCCAUCUUCUUUCCAACAGCAGCAGCAGCCAUCUUUUAAUCCUCCACCUACUCACCAGCAAUCAUCUACUUUCCAACAGCAGCAGCCAUCGUUUCUCCAACAACAACAGCACCAGCCAUCUUCUUUCAAUCCUCCUACUCCUUCACAGCCAACUCCGCAGGCUAUGUCACACAAUAUGUCAAUGCAGCUAAACCCCACUAUACCACAUCAGUCGCCAUUACCACUUCAACCUAAUGGCCAACCAAUGCAAUCAAACACACCAUUUAGCCCUCUUGUACAGACUUCUCCUAACAUUUCUCAGCAAGCACCGAAUAAUUAUAAUCCACAAUUUGCAAAUACGUCUCUUAGCGUCAAUAAUUUCCAAGACCCAUCCUUACAACCUCAUAUUAAUAAUAUGCAGCAAAUGGCUCAGCCUCAAAAUAAUGUACACUCAUUUCCACCAGCUGUGCAACAGUAUAAUCCGCAGGCUCCUAUACAAGGACAGGCUGUUCAGCCACAAGCUCCAGUACAGCAUGGAUUGAAUAAUGGAGUAAUGGAAGCUCAACAUCAGUAUUCUCCACAGCAGCAAGUAUUCUCGCCUUUCACUCCUAAUCAGCCGCUAAAUAAUUCAGACCUAAUUUAUCCCAUGCCUAUUGAUCAGACACAGUUUAUGAGCCAAGCGCAGCAGCCUUCAUUUCAAAACCCUUCUCAAUCUUCAUUCCCAAACCCACAGUCUUCAUUCCCAAACCCACAGUCUUCAUUCCCAAACCCACAGUCCUCAUUCUCAAACCCUCAGUCUUUGUUCUCAAACCCACAGUCCUCAUUCCAACAAUCUUCAAUCCAGAAUACCCAACCGUCUUCGUUUCAAAACCCCCAACAGUCAUUCAGCACAAAUCCUCAACAGCCUUUCUUCUCUGAUCCUUAUCAAAGUAACAAUCUAAUGACAAAUCCAAUGCUUCAAUCGUUACCCCAGAAUAUUCAAAGUAAUUCAUUGGCUGCUUCAGUGCCUCCUAAUGAUGUACAGUAUCCUAUUCAAGGGGAUCUUGCUGCAUUCAAUGAUAACGCUAUUGGUACUCACUCAGUUCCUAAUCCAAGUUUACAAUCAUUCAAUACUAUACAAGACGCUCAGCAGGAAGGUUUCUAUCAGCUGGGAGUAAUAAAUGAGAACUCUCGGUUCUUGCCAGCUUCAGGGGAACCUCACCCAGAAGCUGGUGACAGGAUGACAUCGAUCAGUAAUAGUUUAACUGGUGGGGUAAGAGGUAAUGCUUAUCCUCCUGACUUUAAUCAACAGGAGCAAUAUAGAAAAAGAGAGGGCUUUACAUCUCCUGUUCUUCAUGAUGAUGCAUCAUCACUUAAUAAUCCAGGCAUUACAGUUCCUGAACAAUUAGGUAUGCUACAUACAGACGGAGGUCCUACCACAACACUCCAUGCACCUGCUACUCCAUUACAUAAUACAACGUCUACUUCACUAGUAGACACUCUAUUAGUGCCUGCUGGACAAGAAGGAGCUCCUAUCUCUUCUACUACAUCCUUAUAUGGAGACACAGCCCAAGGACUAUCAGUGGUUGAUGGACCUCAGGGGCUUCCUUCUUCUACGUCAAUGGUAGGAGGAGGUUAUAUGGAGGCAGGUUUGGUUGAAAAUGUUGCUUCUGCUCUCUCGGUUGGAGGUAGGGAUGGCCUUACAGCUGGACAGGGAAGUAUUGGAGGUAUUAAUGAAGAUACUACUAAAGUAUUGAAUGACUUAGCUGCUAUAAAGGAAGAAUGCAAAAAACUUUCAUCUUUAAAGACGUCUCUUUCAGUGAAGUUACGAGAUGCUAAUCUUUCUAUUCAAAAUAUUAAAAAAUCAGGUGAUCGGAGAUGGAGAGAGAGGUACUUCCAAGAAAAGGAAAUAUUGACAAAGCUUGAAAAUCAGUUGAUUGUUCUUAAGAAACGAAGCGCUGUGGCCAGCCCUUGUGGUGGGAAAGGAAAACAAGAGGAGGACCUUCAACAUAAGAACAUACACACAAGAAAAGGUUGGGUAAUAUACAGAGCAGGAGAGCCUUCUGAAAUAGCUAAUUUAAAGAUUCAGUGCUGGAGAUUGCAAGACAUUAUUAAAGACCUCAGAGAGAGGCUGAGGUGGACCAAACAGCAGCUGGCAAAGGAAAAAAGACUGAGGCACAAUGCUUUAGAGAAACUAAGGAAGCUCAAGCAGGAUUUAGUGCAACAACAGAUCCAGUUGUCAAUAAGGAACAGAUACAACAACAAUGGGCGACAUAUAGCUACGUCAAAUCUUCUCAUCAAAGUAUAAAAAAAGAUAGGGAAAUCCGAAAUCCGAGGACGGCAAGACUCAGACUAUAAAAUGAGCCUUAGACAGAAGAUAGUUCAUGCAACUAAAACUUCAAGAAAACAAAUCAAAGUCUACUGACUGACACAAAGAUGGCAAACAAAUCAAUCAUCAUGACUGCUCUUGCUGCUGCUUUCAUUCUCCUGUCCUCACCAAUAGAUGCAGCUCCUUUAACUCAGCCACCAAACUGCACUAAUUUCUGGUGGAUGCACUCAGGAGUCCAUGCUCUCUCUGAAUACACAGCCAGAUUAUACAAUUAUCAAAUUGCAUUAGAGAGCAAUCAUUCAGUUUACGGUGACCAUGGGAUUGCUACUAAUCUUUUUGAAGGACUGCAAAUCAUUGGUACUGCUGGUCUUUAUGUGCAGCUGUUUGACGAGAUAAAAGAUGACCCUUCCCUAGAAAACUAUGAAGGUUUUGGUAACUUGAAUAUGGCUGGAUUCUUCAGCAGCAUGAUGUCUACACUCAUCAAAGACACAUGUGAAUGGCUGCUCUCCUAUCCAAAUGAUGCUCUCACACUACGCCCAGACAUCAACUGCAGUCAUCCAGCAGAACAAUUAAUGCUAAGUGCCUGGACUCUCAUUUCUCCAGCUAUUAAAGAGUAUGAGGCUGGACUUGGAAGGGAUAUUUCUAAAGCUUGUGGAUCUGGACGUGUCCACCACAUACACUGGGUUCAAGAAUACUUGGAAGAUGAAUACACACCGGAGAUUAAUUACCUCAAGGCACUUGUUGGGCUAGCAAAGAAGAAAUAAUGACAUGACUUUUGCUAAAGUGGACUGCGAGUAUAAAACUAUAUAAUUUAUGUAUGAACAGAUAUAGUAUAAUUCGGUUUCUUUUUCUUUAUUUUUGCCUUAUCAUUCUAAUUACGUUCAUUAAAUUUA